AUGGAAUACUACCUCCCAGACUACCUAACACCCCUCCUCACAAACCCCACACUACAACACCUCCGCAGCCACGCCACAAACUGGUCAUCGUCGCUCAGCAGCAUCCGCACAAGCUACCUAGAGCCCUACCUCAUCACCCCCCUCUCGCGCCUCCUCGCGUCCUCGACCCCCGAUCUCGUCUCCGUACUACUUCUCCUCUUCGUGCUGGUUGUCUCGCUCAAGGUACUGGAUUAUGCACGCCGGGUGGUCAUGUUCUGGGUCAUGCUUGCGGUGAGGGUUGUCUUCUGGGGGGCGGUCGUUGCGCUCGGAUGCUAUGUUUACAGUGUUGGGCUGGAGAAGGCGGGGAGGGAUCUUGGGUGGGUGCUUGGCGUGCUUUGGGGGUUUGGGGAGGAGGUUCUUGCUGGGGUUGAGAGUGGGAGGGCGCCGGCUGGCGGUCCCGGUGCCGGUGGGUAUGGAUAUGGGUAUAGACGUGAGGCACCCCGAGGGUAUGGCGGGAAGGGGAGGAAGGGGAGGUGA